AUUCUAACGGCUGCAGAUGGAGAUGAGCGGCUCACGCAGGCGCAGCAGCGGGGGGUCCGCGGGGCGGUCUGAGGACCUGCCGAGGAGCCGCCGGGCCAGGCACUAGUAGGAACUGCCGAGGAGCCGCCGGGCCAGGCACUAGUAGGAGCUGCCGCAGCCGCCGGGCCAGGCACUAACAGGCAUCUUCCCCGGCAUGGACGCGUCCUGCAGCAGCGGAGCUUCAUGGAACACAGAGCCGGUGCGGGGGCGCGCCCGGACCCGCCGGGACCUGAUCCGGACCUGAUCCGGACCUGGACCUGAUCUGGACCCCCCAGCAGGACCUGAUCCGGACCCGGACCCGGACCCGAUCUGGACCUGAUCCUGAUCCUCAUCCCUCUUUGUGCCGGAGCUGCAGCUGCGCAGGCGCGCUGCGCUCCGCUCUUCCUUUCUUCCCUCCGUCCUGGAGAUGUCCGGGCGGCCGGAGGCCCCCGCGGGGCCCGCGGGGCCCGCGGGGCCCGCGCCCCCCCCCGGGGGGCCCCGGGUGGACGGCUGCGUGCUGCCCGCCCUGGGCGGGUUCGGCCGGUUCCAGCAGCGCCUGGUUCUGCUCACCUGGAUCCCCGCGCUGCUCAUCGGCCUCAGCAGGUUCUCCGACCAAUUCCUGCUGGCGCAGCCCGUGGGCACCUGCCCCUGGAGUAACGGGAGUACCGGGGGUAACGGGAGUACCGGGAGUAACUGGAGUAACGGGAGUACCGGGAGUAACGGGAGUACCGGGAUUAACGGCAGUAACGGGAGUACCGGGAGUAACGGGAAUAACUGGACCGCGCUGGGGGGCCCCGGACCCGGACCCGGCGGGGGCCCCGGGGGCCCCGGGGGGCCGCUGUGCGCCUGCGCGGAGCUGAGGCUGGAGCUGCAGACGGGACUCAGCCAGAACGUGGUUACCAAGUGGAACCUGGUGUGCGACUCGGCCUGGAAGGUCCACAUCGCCAAGUUCUCCCUGCUGGUGGGAUCCAUCGUGGGCUACCUGGUGAUGGGCGUCCUGGCCGACUGGUUGGGCCGUCAGCCGGUGCUGCUCGUCUCCGUCCUCCUCAUGUUGGUCUUCGGUGUCUCCGUCUCCUUCUCCGUCAACGUCACCAUGUUCAGCUCGCUGAGAUUCUUCGAGGGAUUCUGCCUGGCCGGGCUGGCGCUGUCCCUCUACGUGCUGCGCAUCGAGCUGUGCCCGCCGGCCUGGCGUUUCUCCGUGACGAUGGUGUCCAGCUUCCUGACGGUGGGGGGGCAGCUGCUGAUGCCCGGCGUGGCCGCGCUCUGCCGUCAUUGGUGCCGGCGUUGGCCGGACCGGGACGACUGGCAGGUUCUGCAGGUCGUCAUCGUCAGCCCCUUCGUGCUGAUGCUGCCCUACGUCUGGAUCUUCCCCGAGUCUCUGCGCUGGCUGCUCGCCACGCAGCACGACCGCCGCUCCAGAGCCAUGAUGCUCCGCAUCGCCCGCACCAACCAGGUGGAGACCACGCCGGAGGCUCGCGCCGUUCUGGCAGAGCUGGAGCAGCAGCUGCACAGGAAGCCCCAGCGCAGCUGCAUCGUGCAGGUGAUCAGCACCAGGAACCUGUGGAAGAACAUCGUGGUGCUGUGCGUCAACUCCCUGACGGGUUACGGGAUCCACCACUGCUUCGCCCGCAGCCUGACGGACCCGGAGGCCCGGCCCACGGCGCUGUGCCACGCCGACUACUACACCAUGGCCGGCAUCGCCGUGGCAACCUGCCUGGCGCUGUGCCCGGCCGUGGGGCUGAUGGGCCGGCGCGGCGGGCUGCUGGCCUUCAUGAUCAUCACGGCGCUGGCGUCGCUGCUGCAGCUGGGCCUGCUGAACCUGAUUGGAAAGUACAGCCUUCGCCACGACACAGUUCUGCGCGACACGCUGAACAGGAAGUUCUCCGUGGCCUUCUCCAUCAUUGGGAUGUUUUCCUCGCACGCCGUCAGCACACUCAGCAUCUUCUUCUGCGCUGAAAUCACGCCGACCGUCAUCAGGGGGGGCGGUCUGGGCCUGGUCCUGGCCAGCGCCGGCUUCGGCAUGCUAACGGCCCCCAUCAUGGAGCUGCACAACCAGAAGGGCUACUUCCUGCACCACGUGAUCUUCGCCUGCUGCACGCUGCUGUGCAUCAUCUGCCUGCUGCUGCUGCCGGAGCCGCGGGGCCGGCCGCUGCCCGAGAGCCUGGCCGAUGGCGACAGCUUCACCCGCCGGGGGGAGCAGCCCCCGGGGGAGCAGCGGCUGCUGCUGGCCAAGUACGACCGCGACUACUCCCUGGUCCACGACACGCCGCCGCACCUCCCCGCCACGACCACCGGGGGCGCCGCCGCCGCCGCCGCCACCACCGCACUGGCAGCGGUGCCCGCCACCUACGCCCUCGCCACCGGGGGGGAGCUGAUCGGGAACCGGGCCCUGGCCAACGGGGUGUGAGGGGGCGGGGUCUCCUCCGCCGCGGCAUCGACCCGGCGGCAGCACAUACUCAAUGAAAGGGAAAGCCGCCACGGCCGCGGCUGCCGCUUUGUGAGUUCUAUGUGAAAGGGGCUUGAGCAGGACGGGGUCUCCUCCGCCGCGGCAUCGACCCGGCGGACGAGGUGGAUAAGACCUGUAAGGGAAGUGCCGAGGAACUCUUGCUGUGGGACGGAGGCGGAGGUGGAGGAGGUGGAGGAGACGGAGGUGGAGGAGACGGACCGGUGGAGGAGACAGACCGGUGGAGGAGACAGACCGGUGGAGGAGACGGACCGGUGGAGGAGACGGAGGCGGAGGAGACGGAGGUGGAGAUGUACCGGUGGAUAAAACCUGUACUGGGCCGUAAGGUGAACCCCGCUAGCGUUUCAUCCUCCCACCUUUGGGGACGACACAAUCUCUACAUCAUAAUAAAGAUGGAUUCAUGCUCACCUGAGAAGUAAAAGUUUGGAGCUUAAAUCCCUGCAAGAGUCCCGUGAUCGGGACCACAAAACGGUCCUAGUUUCUUCUGAGCGUAGUCAGGUUUCCGUCCGCGGGUCGAGGUCGUCACGUGAUCCCGCUGCACCAAUAGGAUGUUACUAGUAAACACAACGGCAAUAUGGCGGCGGCCGUGGUGUGUUCCGGCUAAUAGCAUGAUGAUGAAAACAAACCCCAAAAGUCGUCAAAAAUGAUCAGAAAUGAUGUGAAACCGUGUUAAACCCACGGCCACGUCAACAAAGACCUUUGAGAUUAUUAGACAACGAGGCGGAGCUAAAGAUCUAAAGUAUCUCCAAACACUUGAUUCCAUACCAGGACAUGUAUUUUUCUAUAGAUAAGAACGCUAUUCUUUCAUUUGUUUUUAAUAAUAAGAUGGUUAUUGAUUAACUUGCUAUUCCAACUCCGAACUUUUACUCUAAGGUGAGCAUGAAUCAAUCUUUUUUAUGAUGUAAAGAUCGGUUCGUCCCCAAAGGUCGGAGCGGGAAUCACUUUCUGAAAUACGGUUCACCUUAUGGCCUAAAAGGGAAGUGCAGAUGAACUCUGGCUGUGGGACGGAGACAGAG